CCCCGCCCCUGGGGGCUGGACGCCUAUAUAAGGGGCAAAGCUGGCGGUGGGGCGGGCUGGGUGCGCUGCGGUUGUUGAGCCCCAUCCGUUUCAAUGGUGCAGCUUUCCCAAGCCCAGGCUCGCUGCCUGUCGCCUUCAGUCCUCUCCGAGGAAGGGGAGGACAAGAGCAUGAAGCUGGCCAAGCAGCAGGUGAAUCAGCCGGGGGAGGGUCAGCCUCCACUGAGCCCCCUGCAGUCGGCUCUGAACUCUGCAGCCAAUACUGCCCAGGCAUAUGAGACUUACAUUGAAAAUGGGAUCAUCUGCCUCAAACACAAGAUCAGGAACAUUGAGAAAAAGAAGCUUAAGCUAGAAGACUACAAGGAUCGCUUGAAGAAGGGUGAAGCCCUCAAUCAGGACCAGUUGGAGGCAGUGGAGAAGUAUGAUGAAGUAGUGCACAACCUGGAGUUUGCCAAAGAGCUUCAGAAGACUUUUUCUGGACUUAGCCAGGAUCUGCUGAAAGCGCAGAGGAAGGCUCAGAGACGGGAGAACCUAGUAAAACUUGAAGCAGAGAAGAAGAAGCUGCGCACAAUUCUGCAGGUCCAGUAUGUGCUGCAGAACUUUACUCAAGAGCAUGUUCAGAAAGACUUCAAAGGUGGCUUGAAUGGUGCAAUAUAUUUGCCUUCUAAAGAACUAGACUACCUCAUUAGAUUUGCAAAACUGACAUGCCCAGAAAGAAAUGAGAGCCUGAGUGUUGAAGACCAGAUGGAGCAAUCAUCACUUUACUUUUGGGACCUUCUAGAAGGCAGUGAAAAGCCUGUGGUUGGAACAACAUAUGGACAUUUGAAGGAACUGUUAUCCAAACUCUUAGAUUCUGGAUAUUUUGAAAACGUUCCUGCUCCUCACAAUGCAAUGCCAUUAAAAGAAUUGGAAGAGGAAGGACUGAGAGAACCUGAGAGAACAAGACAACUGUCCAAAAGAGAGUCUGCCAAAGACCCAGAAUGUCUAAUGGAGCUUAUGAAGUCUGAGAUUCAGCCACAGGAGUUUCUCAACAGGCGCUAUUUGCCUGCAGCAGAAUGCUCUAUCAAGAAGAAGCCAGAAGAAUCCAAACCCCGGGAAGCAGAGUAUGCUAGAAAGAAAGAACCUCCAAAAUCCUGGGAAAUGCUGCUUGACAUAGAGGAGCAGGAACAGAAUCGGGAAUCUUUAAAACCUUGGGAAUCUCGUGUUGUGGAGGAAGAGAAACCUUCGAAGUCCUGGGAAACCUGUGUUAGGGAAGAAGAAGAAAAACAGAAGCAGCAGGAGACUCCAAAGCCUUGGGUAACACAUGCUAGGGAGGAGCAGGAUUCAUCUAAACCAUGGGUAACAAGAGUUAGGGAACAGCAGGAACAGAAGAAACUGGAAUCUCCCAAGCCUUGGGUAGCAAAGGCUAGGGAUGAACAGGAACAGAAGAAACAAGAACCCCCCAAGGCUUGGGUAACAAAAGUUAAAGAAGGGCCAGAACAAAAGCAGGAAUUGCCAAAACCUUGGGGAUCCCAAACCAGGGAGGAGCCAGAGCAGAAGCAAGAACCCUCAAAGCCCUGGGCUGCUCCACGUGCCAAGGAGGAGCCAGAGCAGAAAAAGCAGGAGCUGCCAAAGCCCUGGGCUGCUCCACGUGCCAGGGAGGAGUCAGAGCAGAAAAAGCAAGAGCUGCCAAAGCCUUGGGUUCCUCCACACGCCAGAGAGGUGCCAGAGCAGAAGCAAGAGCCAUCGAAGCCCUGGGCUCCUCCACGUGCCAAAGAGGUGCCAGAGCAGAAGCAAGAGCCAUCAAAGCCCUGGGCUCCUCCACGUGCCAAAGAGGUGCCAGAGCAGAAGCAAGAGCCAUCAAAGCCCUGGGCUCCUCCACGUGCCAAAGAGGUGCCAGAGCAGAAGCAAGAGCCAUCAAAGCCCUGGGCUCCUCCACGUGCCAAAGAGGUGCCAGAGCAGAAGAAGCAGGAGCUGCCAAAGUCAUGGGCUCCUCCACAUAACAGGGAGGAGUCGGGGCAGAAGCAAGAGCCUCCAAAGGCUUGGGAAACUGCUAACCGACAGCAACAAGAAUUACAGCAGUUACAGAAUCCUCCAAAGUCCCUGGGAGCUGCAAGUGUUGUACCAAAGGACCAGAUUGGGCCUAAGAAGUUUGAUGUGGAACCCAAAGAAAGACGGGAACGCAGACAGAAAGCUGAACUUGAAGUAAAACAAGAUGGAAAAGCAGAUGAAUUAAGUGAUGAACAAGGCUUUGAUGCAGUAAGAAAAAAGGAGGUCUCUGUCGGAGAAAGUUGUAAACUGCCUAGGAGUCUCCAAAGCAGUGUGCAGGUGCCUAAACCUGUACAUCAGCCAGCUGCAGAAUUUUGUUCUACAUCUACUCUUCCAAAGGAUCCAGUACUAAGGAGGGAAAAACUGCAGGAUCUGAUGACUCAGAUACAAGGGACAUACAACUUCAUGCAAGAGUCCAUUCUGGAUUUUGAUAAAGCUUCACCAAGUGCCAUUGUUUCAUCACAGCCACCUUCAGUUUCUCCAGCAGGUAGUCCUGUAGCUUCUAAAGAACAAAAACUGCUGAGUCAAAAUGACUUUCUUCAACAGCCGCUUCAGACUGCUGCUUCUCCCAUAACGCUGCAUGGUUCAAAUACUUCCUUAGCAUCAGCUGAUCAGACUCUGUCUGGCUCUGAAACAGAAGAUCUAGUGAUGCCACAGACAACUCAGACAUCGGUACCCCUUUCUCAAGAGACUGAGAAAUAUACUUCACCUCAGCCACUGUAUCAGACAAAUUCACGUAUCUCUGAGCCACUGAUUCCCCAAAAAAUGGAAGUUACGCAGGCAACUAUUCCUCUGUCAAGUGAAUCGCAGUCACCAUUGCCUUCAAGCACCUCCAUGUCACCAGUACCACAGGGGCAAACCUUUCAGUCUCCUCCCGCAAGCAGCAGUUCUGUUACAAUAACUGCAGCUCCAUUUCAAGCCAUGCAGACUGUAUUCAAAGUGAAUGCACCUCUGCCUCCACGUAAAGAGCAGGAAAUAAAAGAAGACUCUUCAUACACUGCAGGUUAUAACCAGAGUUUUUCUACAGCAAGUACACAAACUCCUCCUCAAUGCCAGUUACAAUCUACUCAUACUGCAGAGCAAAACUCAGUUUCACAAGAAUCUCUGCCAACAGUUAAUUAUCAGCCUGAUGGAGUUGUUCCUGUCAGCAAUGGUAGUCUUGCCUUUUACCCAGCACAGACUGUUAUCCCCAGACCCGCUCAGCCUUAUCUCAACAGUCGUGGGUCUGUUAGAGGAUCUACCAGAGGUGGGAGAUCACUAGCCAAUUCAUACCGCUCCCCUGGUGGAUACAAAGGUUUUGAUGCUUACAGAGGAUCACCUUCCAUAGUUAAUGGUAACUAUGGCCAGCUGCAGUUCCCCAGUAGAGAUUAUUCUGGAAUACCAUAUUCUCAGAAGGAUAUCAAUUACCAGCAAUGCUAUAAACGAGGAGGGAUAAUUAGUGGUCCUCGGGCAAACUCAAGAGCAGGAUGGAGUGAUUCUUCUCAGGUGAGCAGUCCAGAGCGAGACAAUGAAACCUUUAACAGUGGGGACUCUGGGCAGGGAGACUCCCGCAGCAUCACCCCUGUCGAUGUGCCAGUGACAAGCCAAGCUGCCACAAUACUACCAGUGCAUGUCUAUCCCCUCCCUCAGCAGAUGAGAGUUGCCUUUUCUGCUGCUAGAACAUCUAAUUUGGCCCCUGGAACUCUAGACCAGCCAAUUGCAUUUGACCUUCUGCUGAACAACCUUGGAGAAACAUUUGACAUUCAGCUUGGUAGGUUCAAUUGUCCAGUGAAUGGUACCUAUGUAUUCAUCUUCCACAUGCUGAAGUUGGCAGUGAAUGUUCCACUGUACGUGAACCUUAUGAAGAAUGAAGAGGUCCUAGUAUCAGCAUAUGCAAAUGAUGGGGCCCCAGACCAUGAAACAGCUAGUAACCAUGCAGUCCUACAGCUCUUCCAGGGGGAUCAGAUCUGGUUACGUCUGCAUCGGGGAGCCAUUUAUGGAAGCAGCUGGAAAUAUUCUACUUUCUCGGGAUACCUCCUUUAUCAGGACUAAAAUCCAGUGUUAUGUUUACAAAAAAAAAAAAAACUGCUCCAAACACCUUGGUGAAUGGGAAGGGGGCGGGGGGUGGAAACUAGCUUUGCACUUAAUACUGACUUCAUAGAAGAUACAUGGUUCCAUUAUUGGGAAGUGGCGGUCUUACUUUGCAAGGUGAAAUCAUGGAGUUGGGUUACUGAAUCAGCACUAAUUUGGCACUUUAUCAAUUGUGAUGUAGCCUUGCUAGUAAAGCUGUGAAUGUAUAUUGUUUGCACUUACUUACCCUAAACUGUAUUAAUGUCCAGCUUACUACACUACUGAUAUGAUUGCCUCAAGUAUGGGCUAUUCACAAUGCCUUGUUGUGCCUCAAUAAAACAAGUUAAUAUGCAUUUUA